AUGGCUACCACUUUCCACUCGUUUCGGAACCUACCAGCUGAGAUUAGGCUCACAAUUUGGGAAAUGGCAAUCGCACCCAUGAGCUCCGCGCCCUGCGCUUGUGUUGUUCGCGUCGUCUCCCUCAACAAGCACGAGAACCCGGAGUCAACCAGUAAGAAUGAUGCGGCCGGUCCGUCGGAAGACCAUCGAACUGGAUACCUGUCUCUCGACACUUCAGAAUUCUUCGACUUUGGAUUAUGGACUGCGAGCACCGAGUCGAGACAAGUCAUUUCCAAACACGUCCUAAAGCACGCUUCCAGAGAAGAGCUCGGAAGACAUGCCAAGCUCGGUCGGAUGAUGCAUAUAAACGGAGAGGAAGUCGUCUUCGACGUGUUCAACCAAGUCAUUACCUGCUUCCGAGUAUCAGAAGAUGAACACCUCGACGUCGACGAAGCGCUAGAGGUUAUAACAUACACCUUGAAAGGAACCAGAAUACAACCUACGCAGUUUAUUGCGUUCGAAUGCGACGAAUCGUGGGAGUUUCAUAGUGCACUGGGAGACGAUCCUCAGGUCUUAGAAAAGAUGAUGAAGAUGCCAGGGCCUCGAGGGGCGUGCCUCAGGAUUGCCGACAAAAUCAUUAGGGAGAAGCUACAAAGCCACAUUUAUCUUCUCAUCGGCAACAAAGAUGCUUGUGCCGAGCCUCUCAACGAGUGGCAACUUGAGUCUCUCGGCCCCUAUGGAUAUGUCAGUUACUACGGCGACGGUUACGGUUUCACGUCCGGGACGAAAUUUGAAGAUUUCCUCGAUCACGUUCACGACGAUCAGAUUUCAAUGUGGAACAUCGCUUCAUCGUUCAUUGACCUGUUGGACAGCAAAGGAAAGGACCACUGGGACCCCACAGGUGCAUAUAAGAAGAAGCUUCUAGAAGUGUAUCUGAACCCAUGGGAUUCUGAAGCAAUCCGCGCUAAUCCUGGAGAUUACUGGGCCUGCGAGCUUGCGGUUUCGCCAAGGAAACUUGUGAGCGAGUACAUCUGCGAACGGAUUCAGACACCGAACCUAGGGUAA